GUUGGGUUUGAACGCGCGGCUGGCGGCGGCGCUCCCGGUCCCUGGUCCCCGGUCCCGGUCCUGGUCCCGGUCCCUCCGCCAUGGCUCCCCCACGAAAGAAGGUUGGCGCGAGCACGCGCGGCAGGAAGCUGGCGGCUUUCCUGAAGGAUUUCGACCGUGAGGUGAGGAGCCGGGUCGACCAGCUGCGGACGAACGGGCAGCGCCUCGUGAAGGAGGUGGAGAACCUCUACAACAUCGAGAUCUUGCGGCUGCCGGUGGCGCUUCGCGAGAUGAACUGGCUGGACUACUUCGCUAAAGGAGGAAGCAAAAAGGUGUUGGAAGAGGCAGCGACGGCAGACUUGGAAAUAACAGAAAUAAACAAGUUAACAGCAGAAGUUAUCCAGACUCCUUUAAAGAUCAUCAAGAAAGUGGAAAAAUCUAAACAGGAUAUUGAAGCUAUUGAAGAAGAGGCAGAGCCUCCUUUGCUUCCUCUAGCAAAGAAAGCAAAACACGAUAGCCAAUGUCUUCCAGAGCUAGAAGCUGAAAAUGUUAAUCCAAGAACUGCAAAGGUGAAGGCAUCCACUAAAAAAGUACCGGUGUCCCGGAGCAGAAGACCUCCUUCAGCGAGAGUGAAGCGCAUGAGUAAAAGAUCAAGCAAAAACAACUUUAUCACUCCAGCUACUGGUAGAAUUGUUGAUCUCUGUGCUCAAGGAGGUACCUCCAUGGUCACACCCAAGUUUGAUUCCAGAAUUUUCAAGACGCCAGGUUUGCGCACACCCGCAGUAAACGAACGUGUUUACACCAUCUCUGCCAAUGGCAGCCCCCUUGCUGACAGCAGUGAUAUCUUCAUUACAGUCCCUGUUGGAGGAGGGGAGAGCAUUCGUUUAACAGCAAAUGAUUUGACCAGGAAGAAUCUUCUUCAUCUGAAUCCAGAGGCCCAAGGAAUUAUGAAGAAGCUAUCAGUUCGUCUCGCACAAGCUUGCAGUGCUACAAAAACCCAUAGAUGAAACUCGAUGAAUGUUGACAUCCCUCUGUAAAUACAAAAUGUUGCAUUUAGGACUGCCACCUUUAGUUCUUGUUCUAGUUUUUGUCUUCCUUCCAUUAAUUUACAGAAUGGAAGUUAAGAACUCUCAUUUUUCUACUUUUAAUAUGUAAUGGGAUUAGAAUAGGUUAAAAAAAAAUAGAAAUACUUUAUUCCUAUUUCCUUUAAGGUUGAGACCAAGGUACAGUUAUCUUGGGCUUGUGGACCAGCGAGCUGGACAGAACAUCCAUUUUGGUCUCUUGCAGUAGACACAAGUGGCUGGAGGUCAUAUCUGUCUGGGCAAAGGAAGCAACAAAUCAGAUUUGUUGUGCUUCCUUCCAGGCGUGUCCUUGCUUUGCAAAUGUGCUUAAAAAGUGAUGUCUAUCUCAGUGUAGUACCUGAGAUACCUAAAGGCAAGUUACUGGUGCCUGGGAGUAAAUGGAAAGGUUUGUUCUUAUAGCAGCCAUUGUAUUUGUAACUGGCUUUGAGGGUUUUAUAGUGAACUUAGGCAUUUUAUUGUUUUUAAAGAAAUAAAAUAUCACAAGUAGUUUAACUUAACAGAAUCCAUCAGUGAGACCGCUGCUUAACUAGAUUACUGAGAGUAAUCUUAGAUCUACUGGAGUAUCUCUAAUGUAAGAGAACUUUGCUUUCCCUACACCCCCUUCCAAAUCUUUAGGAGAAAGCAGUACUCCUGGAACUGAGUAUAGACAGGGAAGAAGACAGCUUGGACUGGUCAAAACAUUGUUUUGCCCUUUCUUCUCAUCUAAAUUGAGUCAAUCCAGUGCAUCUCUUUGUCAAAGAACCAUAUCCAAUAAAUGCUUUUUGAACAGAACAAAAUAACUUCCUCAGUCAUUAAUGGAUUUUUUUUUUCCCCCAUUGCUUACAGAAAAUACAGAGAAAUCUUGCUCCACCUCAAAUUCAUGAAAAUUCAAGUUUAAAUGUAGCCCCUUGGGAAAGGGUUACUGUAUGUGUGUUUAAAAACAAGCAGGAGCACUCAUCUGCUCAACACUUCCUUGCAAAAUGAAGCAGGGAAUAAGUCUUGCAUUUGCUUUCCUACAACUACCGUCUCAUUUUUCCAUGGCCUGGAAAAGCAGAGCUCUCGAAGCACUAGCUCUCUGUGGGAAGAUGGCAUAAAGUCUUAAAAUGUGUAAGACUUCUCACUCAAAACCUAGGGUUUCAUUUUUAUUGUGAAUCUUUGUAGCUGGUACAGGAUGGGAGAGGAUGCUUUUCUUGUUUGUUGAGCUAAGAUAUGCAAUCCCUUAAAAGUGUGGUUAACUUUGAUUCCUGAAGCAUUCCUCUGUGUGGAUCAUACAAAGUCAAAUAUGUAAAUUGGCAUCUGCAAGAGACAACCUGAUAACCUUUCCUCUGUUUCAGCAGGGAAGCUAACGUGAGAAUGUUUCA